AUGGAUACUGAAUCAAGCAACUCCGUUGCAUCAAUUACUAAGGAGUGUCUCCUGUCUUUCGAUGUCCACAUAUCCACUCUGAAAGACGCAUCCGAUCUUCACAAACGAUGUCUCACACAAAAGGCUCUCUCUAAUCAGCGAGAUCGACUCAAAGUCUGGGCGAGUAACAUAGGAGCCCUUCAAAGUGGGAAUGCAGCUCUUGACGCCCGGCUUCGGGGCUUUUCGGUGAUGAAACUGGCCAUUACUCAGUGCUUUGAGCAGCUCGGGCAAUUGAUAUCCAGCAGUAAAUAUGGAAAUAUUGCAAGGACAGCGGUUGUCUGUGGAACAGACGCUUGCGAAGUAUCAAGAAUUAUGGAUAGUGCGUCUGAUGACAGUUCCGACAACGAAAACAAAACACCCCAAAAGACUGAGCUGGGGCAGAAUCUAGUAGAGAUAGCCUCCAUUAUUUCCGAUCUUUUCAAGCUAUCUUUCAAACUGAGAAACCCUGCUGCAAGAUCGAUGGGGCCUCUGAUGUUGAGAGCGCUAUCUCAUAGAAAGAUGGUAAAUCUGGACGAUGCUGAUGAGAGUGCUGUAGUAGAUUUGUUCGAUUUGUAUACCGAGUUUGAUCGAACACACGUGGAAGAAACCUUGAGGCAAUGGCGACUGGGAUCCCGGCACCACAAAGCUUUGCGGUUUCCCAUCACUCCUGACGAAGCUAAGAUCACUCUUGCUGAGACAGAAAGAACUGACGCAUUGGUGAUAAAUGGACAUCUUAUAGAGAGGUGGGCCAAAUCUAUCACGAACCGCCGUCGUAUAUUUUCGUACUGGGAAAGACAUUCGAAGAAGUUAGCAGUAAGAGAGAGUGAGGUGGCAUUGAAAUCACCUACUAUCUCAGCUCCUCCACCAUCAAAUUACAACCCUAGUCAACAUGUCACACAAACACCAGAGCUCAUUCGACCAUUGCUAAUUCUGCCUGUAGCAGAAUCUACGGUGUUGUCUGAGACAGAAUUCAGUCUGAGGGGUCGACAUACGGAUACUGUGAGCAACAAUAGCUCAGCAACAUCUCGCAUUUCGACCGCAUACAACAUCGACGAGACUGCAUCUAACCUUCCACCUGCUCCCCCUCUGUCCCUCAACGAAACGGAGGCCCGAUGUCCCUAUUGCCAUCUCGUCUGCCCUGCCAGGGAAUUGCAACACAGUCGCUAG